GAUGCAGCGAAAGCGUAGGCGACGAAACCGCGCGCGCGCAUCGAUCAUCUUCAUAAUCAUGCAUAUAUAUACGGGAACACGCCCACCCCCACAUACUUACUGUAUAUAACAGAUUAAGAUCGAUCGAUCGGACAAUUAAUUAAUGGAGAGCAACGGCGGAGGAGGAGGAUCUCCCAAGGAGGCAGCGGUGGUGGUGCCGUCCUCCGGCGACGCCACCCUGGGCGGGCACCUGGCUCGGCGCCUCGUGCAGGUGGGCGUGAGCGACGUGUUCGCCGUGCCGGGGGACUUCAACCUGACGCUUCUGGACCACCUGAUCGCCGAGCCCGGGCUCCGCGUGGUGGGCUGCUGCAACGAGCUGAACGCCGGAUACGCGGCCGACGGGUACGCGCGGGCCCGUGGCGUGGGCGCCUGCGCCGUGACCUUCACCGUGGGCGGGCUGAGCGUGCUGAACGCCAUCGGCGGGGCGUACAGCGAGAACCUGCCGCUGAUCUGCAUCGUGGGGGGCCCCAACUCCAACGACUACGGCACCAACCGCAUCCUCCACCACACCAUCGGCCUCCCGGACUUCUCCCAGGAGCUCCGCUGCUUCCAACCCCUCACCUGCUACCAGGCCGUCGUCAACAACCUCGACGACGCCCACGACCAGAUCGACCGCGCCAUCUCCACCGCCAUCAGGGAGAGCAAGCCCGUCUACAUCAGCGUCAGCUGCAACCUCCCCGCCGUCCCCCACCCCACCUUCUCCCGCGACCCGGUGCCCUACUUCCUCUCCCCGAGGCUCUCCAACCAGGCCAGCCUCCACGCCGCGCUCGACGCCACCCUCGCCUUCCUCGACAAGGCCGUCAAGCCCGUCCUCGUCGCGGGGCCCAAGCUCCGCGUCGCCAAGGCCGGAGGGGCCUUCGUGGACCUCGCCGACGCCAGCGGCCACGCGGUGGCCGCCAUGCCGUCCGCCAAGGGGCUGGUGCCGGAGACGCUGCCGCGCUUCAUCGGGACCUACUGGGGCGCGGUCAGCACGGCCUUCUGCGCGGAGAUCGUGGAGUCCGCGGACGCCUACCUGUUCGCGGGGCCCAUCUUCAACGACUACAGCUCCGUGGGGUACUCGUGCCUGCUGAAGAAGGAGAAGGCGGUGGUGGUGCAGCCCGACCGCGUGACCGUCGGCAAUGGCCCCGCGUUCGGGUGCGUGAUGAUGAGGGACUUCCUGUCGGAGCUGGCCAAGCGCGUCCGGAAGAACACGACGGCGUUCGACAACUACAAGAGGAUCUUCGUGCCGGAGGGACAGCUGCCGGAGUGCGAGGCCGGGGAGGCGCUGCGGGUGAACGUGCUGUUCAAGCACAUACAGAGGAUGAUCGGUGGCACGGAGAUCGGGGCGGUGAUGGCGGAGACGGGGGACUCGUGGUUCAACUGCCAGAAGCUGCGGCUGCCCGAGGGUUGCGGGUACGAGUUCCAGAUGCAGUACGGCUCCAUCGGGUGGUCGGUGGGGGCGCUGCUGGGCUACGCGCAGGCUGUCCAAAAACGGGUGGUGGCUUGCAUCGGCGACGGCAGCUUCCAGGUGACGGCGCAGGACGUGUCGACGAUGCUGCGUUGCGGGCAGCGGAGCAUCAUCUUCCUCAUCAACAACGGCGGGUACACCAUCGAGGUGGAGAUCCACGACGGGCCGUACAACGUGAUCAAGAACUGGGACUACGUGGGCCUCGUCAACGCCAUCCACAACGGCGAGGGGCGGUGCUGGGCCACCCGGGUGCGGUGCGAGGAGGAGCUGGAGGCGGCCAUCGCGACGGCCACGGGGGACAAGGCGGACAGCCUCUGCUUCAUCGAGGUGGUGGCGCACAAGGACGACACCAGCAAGGAGCUCCUCGAAUGGGGCUCCAGAGUCUCCGCCGCCAACUCCAGGCCGCCCAACCCGCAGUAGUACCGCCAUUACCAUUCAUCCUCGAUCCCGGCCCCAUUUGCACCUACCUGCUGCCUUUUAUAUAUAAAUUUCGAUAAUAUUAGUAUACUAUAUAUAUAGAUCAUAUAGAAUCAUCGUACGAAUAAAUGAUGGAGUGAAUAAAGCUACAAUUUUUAAUUAUUAGAAAAAAAA